UGGUAAAAAAAAACCCCGACAUGCGACAUUGUCCAAGUAUUAAUUGUGCGGAAUAAAGUGAGUUGCCUUUGCUCCGUGUGUAUUUUAGUCGAAGCUGUGCGGCUACAGCGUGAGGUUUAAGCAAAUCGUUUCAGAAAAAUAUAAUCGUAAACUGGAAAACGUCAAGGGAUUGCAACUACCAGUAUGUUAGCCGCCGUUCCCACCUGUCUGGCCCUGCUCGCGGUGAUAAGCUCUCAUACUCGCCUCCUACAGGCAGCUCCGUUCCCAGCGAUCGAAAAUGCUGUCUUUACCAGCUACGAUUUACAGGCCGAGGAGUCAGCGCCGGCUUUGAGCCAGGUCCAUGCCCAGCACAAUCGGCACCGCCGUCACGAUGGAGACGGCAAUUACCAUGGCCAUAGCCACCACAAGCGGCACUGGGAUCACCAUUUUCCGCGUCAAGGCGGCUUUGGAUUCGAGCAUCCGCCAUACCAUAGGCCACCACACCACCGGUUCGAGUCAUUUCCGCACGGAUUCGAGCCGUUCCCAAACACCUUUGAACCGCCGGAAUAUGAAGAGCAUCAGCGCCCUUUCAAAGCGGAAUUGGAGCCCUUUAAAGAUGAAAAGAAGUCGGGACCGAAACCUCCCAGCACAACUAGUGUAGCUCCACUUCCUGCUCCAUCUUCAAUCCCAGAUACUUCUACAACCACGGCUGCAAGCACCUCAACCUCCACCACUGCAGCAACCACUACUGUACCCACCAGUUCCAGUUCCAGCACCGAAGAUGCCACCUUGGCCAUUGACAUACGCAUCGGCUGACAACUUACACCUAAAACAACUAUUCUUUUUCGUAUUUUGUGACAUUAAAGGGGCUGCCUUAACCACAAGCUAUUUAUCCAUUA